AAUAGACUGGAGCAGUUUUUUUUCCCUCCACCCUAUCAUGAUCUUUUUUAGAUUCCAUUGUCCAAGGCUAGUUGAUGACCUAGAAAGAUUCCUCCCUGCUGCUUAAAUUAGUUGUUUCAUACUUUUGCCACAAAGUCUGCGGUUUUCACAGAUGACUUGCAUAACUGUUGUGGUGAGGUGAGAUAAUUUGCUGAUAAUUUGACAAGUUACUACCACAUAGAUGUGUCGUGGUGUAUUUUCUUUACAAAACAUCGCAUUCCUCUUUUUAUUCUAACUCUGCUAUUGUUCUCUGCAGCUCCUGAGCUGACAUUAACCCACUAAAGCAGGCCUUUGUUCUGGGUAACUGGAGAGCAUUGCUAAGUGUACGCAGAGGUUGGUGUGACUGAACCACUUGUGCGGUGUGGCCGUGCCUUGCACUUUACGCUCGGCGUGAUCCACAACAAUAGCACAUAAUAGUAAAAGAGACUAGAACAGAUAGGGCACUGAUGGUGGGGAGAGAUAGCAGGUGGCAUAUUGGAUAUUUACAGUGAUUUCUUCCUUUGGGAUUUAUUUACAUUAAAUGUUUUUUUGUUUUUUUUUACGCUAGAUAUUACAAGAAUGACUAUAUUAGAUUGAUGGCUUUGCAGUGAAUUAUAUUGUCUCAAUUUGUCAAAAUGAGCUGACCCAGGAAUUCAUACUUUUUUGCAGGGACUUGUUGAAGUUAAAGGUCCGAGUGAACGGUCCACAUGGUGUUUUUAGUUGAGAAACACUGCUGUCGCAGUGCUGCAAAUGAUUUGCAGCCUUACUGUACGCAGCAUUGGGUGCAUGCUAGCCACACACAACUUAAUGCAGCAAUUGUGGUCGUAUCCCAGCACCUCACCAUAAUCUGACCAUUAAACAGUAAGUGGGGGAGCAAGGAGGAGAAGACCGAAGAGGUACGCAUGUCCGGUGGAAGUCAUUGAUGGUCUGCAAGGUUCUAAUUAUGUGCUAAUAGCCACUGAGGAGGUCAUUUGGAGCCAUUAGCAAGCGCCUGUAGGUAGUUAACGGCCCACAGCAUAACCCAGGCUCCUUAAUGCUCCCACGGAGGCCGUUAGUUCACUGUCACCAAACGGCAGACGCCUCAUUACCAUGAUUAGAAACCAAUUGAUAGGUAAUAGUAAAAUAUGAUGGCUCGCUUUCACAGAAAUAUGGACCUUAAAGAGGAGGCGACACUGUGUUUGAGCUGGAGCCAGUGUGAUGAGUACAUGCUAAGGGGUUUUGUUCUUAUUUUCAGUGCGCAGGGAAAAAAAGUCAUUUUGGAAUGGUUUAAGUUAAAGUCUCGUGUCAACGUUCGGACUUUUGCUUUUCUGAGUCUCAAGACUACGCUUAAGAGCAGCCAAAUUUAUAAUGAAGAGACUAAGACACUGAUUAUCCACUAAUUUUCCCAAUGCUAAUGUUGUUGUUUGUUUUGUGUCAUAGCUCUUCUUAUCAAGCAGACUCUCAGACAGUGGCUUCUUUUACUAAGAGAUAUACGAGUGAUGGAUUCUCAAAAUGGCCUGGAUAUUUUAAGCAUGUAAUCAUUAUUAAAUCUCUUAUGCCUAACAUUGUCAGUAAUCAAUUUGAGUCAGAUGUUUUCGUUUAGAUUUUUUAUUUUUAUUUUUUCCCAGCUAGACAUUGAUUCAGAUGAUUUAAAUUAGCAUUGGUCCAGUUAUCAGUCAUAGACAUUAUACACUUCUCUCAGUUCAUCAACGCCGGGUGGGAUUUUGGAGCAGCGUUCAGAAGCAUUAUCUAAACUGUGGCCUGAAGAAUAUGGAGAACGUACAAACGUAUAGUCUCAUCAGAUGCUGAAAACCUAGAAGUCGGCUCUAAAUAUUUGCGUCUGUAAUAUUUGACUAAAUCAUCGUCAGACUUGUAGAUCCGCCACACAUGUAUUCCACUCCUCGCUGAAGAGAAAGGGAAACGAUAAUGGAGUUGGGAGAGCUUCGCAGAAGGCUCACAUAAGGGACCAAUGUAUCAGAUCCUGAUGAGAGGAUAUGGAGUAAAUACGCCAUAGCGUGUGUUUGUUAUGCUAGUGCGCCUAGUUAGCCGAUGUCAUACUUUAAAGAGUAAUUGAUGUGAUUCUUAAGUGCAAUUUUAAAAGUUUAGAGUCACAGAAGGUUCAGAAAAUCAGAUUGUUUGAAAUUGUGCUCACUCGCUUCUCAUUAAAUCAGUCACUGUGAUACUUUGAGAACAUUUCUUCAUCAAAGACCUGGAACAGAUUAUGCUCUGAGAAACUCAAUUUAAAAAGUAAUGUAGCCCCCCUCCCCUUCUUCCAUAUGAGAAAACCAUUCUGGUGUGUUUGUAUGUAGAUAUAAACUAGGCACAGCAUUAAACCAUCAGGCUGCUCCUGGAUAAAAUGCUUAUGCAGUCAUUUAUUUGCUCUGUCUUAAAGUGACACUCGCCCCAUAUAUCUCCCAUCUCUCUCUCUCUCUCAUUGUGGCUGAUUAGGAGUACAUCACUUCCUUGGUCAUUGCUCUGUUGAAUUAAUUUGAUAAACUUGUGAAUUAUCUGGACAUCUGCUAAAAGAUGCUAAAUAGCUGCUUUCAGUCCAAGUAGAUGGAGAGAACUAACAUCUUCAUAUUUUUUCUUCUUUUUCUAAACACUGGCAUGUCUGUUUUAGAGGCCUACUGUUUUGGACAGAUACCAGACGCAGUGCUGAUAGGCUCGUAUUUAAAUUCCCGUCAGAAAGAAUUUUGGAGAAACUGUCAUUCCCAGCCAUGAUCGCUUUAUCUGUCCUUAUGACUGCUCAACCCUUGAGUCAUUCUUUUUUUCUGUGGCUGACACUUUGUUAACAGUUAUGAGCGUGUAUUGAAAAUAAAAUGCGCAGUGUUUGCAUGUACUUUGAAGUCUUGAAAUAUUUACACUGGACGUGUGUGGUCUUGGUCUAAUAGUAUAAACAAACCCUGUGGGUUACUCUCUGAGUAGUGUAUUACCCACAACAGCUUUUUCAGCGUCACAAAAAUAACUAGUCCAGCAUUACUGAUGCAGUAAUGCAAAAUGAGCGGCACAGAAAUCUCAGCUUUACUGCAGGAAAUAUCAGUAUUUGUACGUUUUUAAUUUUACACAAACAUGACGAAACAGAGUUUAAGUGACUUGACUGACUGUGUGUAUAUGGGUAGUCGACAUGUCCUGAAGUGUGAUCUAAAGCUAUUUGAAACUGCAAAUUCUUAAAUAUUUUACAGAGUCUUUAUUACCUCAUAUUAACUGAGAAUCUACAUGUUUUUAUUUUCCUUUAAAAAUUAAUUUGUCACACUGAAGGACCAUAUAAAAUGAACUAGUGGAAGCAAAUAAAUUAAUAAAAAAUAGUGAAAAGGAUUUAAAAUAUAAAUAUAAACUUCAUUUAUUUAAAAUAUAAACUUUACCUUAAGCAUUCCCAUAAUUUAUUUUGUUUUUAAUCUAAACCCGUUUUUUGUGAAUAAAACAGCUCAUGGAUGUCUUUUGUCAAGGACUUCAAUAUACUUAUAAAAAGUACACAAGUACAGUGUGUGUGUGUGUGUGUGUAAAUUGAUUUUAAACUAAACGUAUUUUGUGAAUAAACAAGCUUGUGGAUGUCUUUUGUCAAGAACUUUAAUAAAAUGUACACACAUACAGUGCAUUGUGUGUGUAAUAGCAUAUAUAUAUAUAUAUAUCAAUAGUAUGUAAUACUAUUACUUGUAUGUAUACAAAUAGUAGGCCUAUGAAACAGUUAAAUGCACAAAUAAAACAAAUUAAAAUAAUGACUAUAUAAACAAAUAAAGAAACAUUUAACCAGACUGCACUUGAUUAACUACAAGCAUCAUCUUUCAGCAUGACAAGGACUACAAAAAAAUGAAAUCUGAAAGGAUGCCUGGAGUCCUCCCUCCUCCCCUAGUGCACCUGUUGCUCGCGGGCAGCCAGGAGUCACGUGACUCGAGCCGUCAGGAUCUUUCGACCUUUUGAUUCCUGUUACAAGUUGAUAUUUGCGAAGACAAAAUGAUCAAUCUCGAAUGCUGCCCUUCCAAACACAGCAGACAACGUGACAAUUUUACCUUAUUUUCUUGCUUUUGCACCAAAAUCCAUAAAAUGGAUAGCAGCCAAACCGAACGCAUCCACAUUUGUUUGUUAGCGUAAAAGCCACGGAGAAGUAAACAGACAAGAAACACAGACGAGCGAUUCACUUUAACAAGAAUACAGCUGCCCCACUUUAUCCGUAACAAAUGCCUUCAACUUCAUUUAACCCCAAGUACUUAAAAAUAAACGAUAAAUAGAGAGCGCGAUAAACACACUUGUGUGUGCAGCAUAUCUCUGCCCUAUAUUGUUAGGAAAGUGCAUGUUGAAGUCCAUAUGGCAACUUCCUUUUGACCUGCUUUCCCGUCCUCGUCGUGUAUUGUCAGGCCUGUCACCGAUAAAGAAUCACUUGACUUGCUAUAACAAGUUCAAAAGAAACAGAGAAUCCAUGAAGAAUUGAGUAAAGGAACACCCCUACUGCUUUCGCUAUCAUUCCCAUAGAGAUAGCGAUAUUAUUGAUGGGAUGGUUAUGCUAAUUUCUUUAGAGGCACAACUUUUAUUUUGGAAUUUGUUCAAAAAGGAAUUUCAUACACAUCAGACUGGAAAAUGCGGGCUGAAUUCCUGAGCGUUUAAGGGGCAGCAUGGGAAUCUGAUUUUCAUAGUGAAUAAUGAAUGUGCUAUCUUUUAAAACGUGUGUUUUGUCUGGAAAGAAAAUAAAGAGAAGGCGAGCCUUUGCCUCGGGAUUUAAUAACGAUUAAUGCUCCUUUGAACACACUAAAUAUCACAAACACACAACUGUGUAGUGAAGCAGAAAGAGAAAGAAGAAAACCUUCCACUUUGCAACUUGUCACAGGGCAACAGCUCUGUGGAUCACGUUAGGAGUAAGAAGCGUUUUGUCCUGCCUGUGUAAAUACGCCGUAUCAUUAGAUGUCACCAGCUCCUAAUGCAGAAAUCAUUCAUAAUCAGUCUUAUUGGUUUGAUUUUUCGAAUUAGAAAGGUCCUGCUGUAAAAUAGCUGCGUUAUGGUAAAUACACAUAAAUAACUAAUAUUAGCCUAAUAAGUUCUUAAACUAAUCUUAGCAUGCGUUAUAAUUAGGCGCAAUCUUUAUUUGUUUGUUUGUUUGUUUGUUUUUUAUUUAAAAUUUUUAUUUUUAUUUAUUUUUUAUUUUAUUUUUUUGGGGGGCACAAUAUAUAGCCUAUGUGCUCCGUGGGAAAAUCGACCUUUAAAGUUAAGCACAGACGUUUUUAAUUAUUUUAACCGCCUGCCUUUCCCCCCCUCUUCCUCCUUAUGGUUUAUCUGGAUAUACAUCGGAAUCAAUAAAAUCAAUCUAAUAACCGAUCGAUAAUCAAUCAGUCUCGCAUCCGUGUCCUUUUCUUCAAAGUCACACGCACUCGCAUUCCCAUUGGAUACUCUUAUAUUGUUAUUAUUAUUAUUACCAAAGCGCUCCCAUAAUUACAACAUAAUCAUUAUAUAAUCCCACAACAAAGAGUUUAUUGAAUCAGUAGCUUUUGUCAGCUGCUGGGAUGUACAAUUGCGUUAUUCUGCGUCUCGUUCCUCGUGUAGAAAAGCAACAUCGGCCUGAGCGCUGAAGUUCAGCCCCAAAAAAAGUUUCAUGUCCUCACCGAAGUACCUUUUCAGAGGACCUUCUCCCACGUCUCUGAGCGCGUGUCUCGACCGCUGUCUGGACCCUUUUCCUCUUUCUGUGAUGAAGAGGGAGGUUGUUGGUUAGGCUACGCGCCCCGCUGAGUGGCAAUUUCAUCUCAUAUUUACAAACUGAUAAGCUUUCUCGUGCAUUUGUUUUAAAUAUGCGCUCCUGUGUGACGCGUUAGCAUAUAAGAGUGCGAAAAAAGCGCUUCCCGUCUUGGCCGGUCUCUGUUUGUGUGCAUGCAUGUGUGUGUGUGUUGUGUGUGUGCGUGAUUGUGUGCAACAUAACCGGCUUAUUUACAUUAAAUACGCCACAAGGUUACAGUGCAGAUGAGCGUCAUUUUAUCACUCAUUACUUCUCUCUUAUACUGACUGAUGCUCGCGCUCUCCGCUCAUCUCACUGGACUUUUUCUCGAGGAUACAAGACUUCAGAUACUUUCCCCAAAAGGUAAGCAGAUUUAUUUCGCAAUUGUAGCUAUUUGUAGUGUUUUUCCACGGUGUUCUUUAAACGGCGACAGGCAUCAAAGCCAAUUACGCCUCGUCUGAAUAACGGGGCUGACAAUGUGAGUGAGGAUAGACAGAUUUUAAUAAGUGUUUACAGGGAAGUCAAGGUCAAUAAGAUGAUCCGAUGGAGUGAAUUUCGCCUUUGAGUCUCUCCGCGUGGGGAAAAUUGACGAUUCGAGAUGAUAUUCCGUGCACCGGGGCUGCUUUAUCAAGGGUUCAAGCUUUUAGUCCCAUCAAAUGCCGCAAGACUCUCUCCGCUCUCUGUGAAUGGACGACAAUGGAGUGUCUUUUUAACGGUACAAUGCGUUUCACCGUCCAGAUAGGGGGAGUCCGAACAGACAGAUGAGGGGAAAUGUCUUGUGAUGCUGGCCGAUCGCUAUCAAUGAACGCGUUUAUAUCGAGAAUAAACUCAAAGGCGCUUUUUCAUCACUCGGGAUGCGCGAGGAACAGUUGGGAAACGGAUUCGCGGGAGGACGAUCAUAACAGGUCCGAAGCACGCGCGCGCGUGUGUGUAUAUAUACUUUAACCCCCUCAGCAGUAUAAGAAAAUGAUCAGCUCAAUUAUGUGGACAUGCUUCAUUAUGCAAUGAAGACAAUCUUUCGCAACGCGUCUUGACGUCUGGAUGAAUUUAAAGCUGACAGUGUGUCCCGGUCCUUGGUAUCUCACAGAGUGAAGACUCAUCACCGCUGUCAUCGCUUGUUGCCGUACAGACUCAGUGGCGGGGUGAGUCACGGUCUCUUCAACCUGACGGGCCCCGGACCAGUAUGCAGUUAGAGUGAUCAGCUUCCUGAUACGCAGACAGACAGAGAGACAUGUAAAGUUAUGAAGGACGGCCUGCAGGUCCCGCCUCCCUUGACUCCUUGGGAACGCAACACCCUCCUCAGGAUGGAGGACUCUAGUUUGUGCCUUGGUGUAUCCUCGGUGGUCCCGGAUGCUGACACCCAUCUCAGCAAUGCAGUACUUAAUGGCCGCUACCCAAUCAGUCAGAAACUUCAUCAGCUGACUGCUCAGCUGGGUCAUGCCUUUCCUGAAUUACAGAGCCGCCAACAGAUCCCAGAGGAAAAGGCAGCCACCCCGCUGGAUGAGAAAACCCACGCUGCCUUAGCUAGUCAGCCAAUCAGCAGUCAGAUGGCCUUACUGGCCAACCAGCUUAAUCGUGACAUGGAUGUGGGUGCCCUGAGUGGUCUCAAUGGCCGUGUUGAUUUGCAACAAUUUCUCAAUGGGCAGAACUUAGGAAUCAUGUCCCAGAUGAAUGACAUAGAAGAUGAUGCCCGCAAGAACCGCAAAUACCCCUGUCCACUAUGUGGCAAGCGCUUCCGCUUCAACAGCAUUCUGUCUCUUCAUAUGCGUACACACACUGGAGAGAAGCCCUUCAAAUGCCCCUAUUGUGACCACAGAGCUGCUCAAAAGGGUAAUUUGAAGAUCCACCUCCGCACCCAUAAGCUGGGAAAUCUUGGUAAGGGCCGUGGUCGCGUACGUGAGGAAAACCGGCUGCUUCAUGAACUUGAAGAGAGGGCCAUUCUACGUGAUAAGCAAAUGAGGAACAGCUUGCUGCAACCCUCUCAACCUCUUCCACCCCACUUGGGUAUCCAGAGUCACAACCAGCAACAGCCUGGCUCUGCCUGUGGCCUGCUCACUCCAACCAGUAUCGGUGGCUCGCCUGAUGGACUGAGCCAGCCAUCUGCAUCACCUAAGCCUGCAGGUACCAACCUGCAAGAUGAGCAAGCCCUCAACCCACCCCAAGGAUUUCGGUGCACUUUUUGCAAGGGUAAAUUUAAGAAGCGUGAGGAGCUAGAGCGCCACAUUCGCAUUCUCCACAAGCCCUACAAGUGUACCCUGUGUGAAUUUGCUGCUUCCCAGGAGGAGGACCUCAUCUCCCAUGUGGAGAAAACCCACAUUACAGCUGAAUCAGCCCAGGGACAAGGCACAGGAGCUGGCAAUGGAGAGAAGCCCAACAAUGAAUUUCGCUGUGAGGUUUGUGGCCAGGUCUUCAGUCAAGCUUGGUUUCUGAAAGGCCACAUGCGGAAACACAAGGACUCCUUCGAACAUUGCUGCCAGAUCUGUGGACGUCGUUUCAAGGAGCCCUGGUUCCUUAAGAAUCACAUGAAGGUGCAUCUCAACAAGCUGGCUAUCAAGAGCAAGCCCCCUGUUGGUGGAGGAGCUGGUGAAGAUAGACCCUCUGUGAACAGCAUGAGCAGCCUGGCUCAAGAAGCCCACGCCAACCUGUAUUCACGUUACAUUUCUUGUCUACAAAGUGGCUUCCUCACACCCGACAAGCAAGGCCUGGCUGAACAGCAGCAGCAGAUGCUAGCCAAGGCCGGUCUAGCUAUGAAGGAGAAGGAGAUGCUUGGAAAGCUCCUGAGCCCAAUGGCCAGCAUGGGCCAUGGCUUAGGAGAAAAUGAAAAGCGCUCACUCUUGGGUUGCCUGAACCUGGUGCCCCCUCUGAAGUCAAGCUGUAUGGAGCGCUUGCAAGCCGCAGCUAAGGUGGCAGAGAUGGACCCCCUGAACAGCUAUCAAGCCUGGCAAAUCAUGGCACGUGGAAUGGCUAUGGAACGCUCUUUCAUGCCAAAAGAGCAGCACCAUGAGGGGCAUGGACAAGAAGAUGAACUUGCCAGUGCAGCUGGGAUUGUUCACUUUGGACAAGACAAGCUUGAUCACCCAACCUUAGGCUCUAGUGAUGGUUCCAAGCAGAAGCAACACCCUGAUGUCCUUCAUGGAGUGAAGACAAGUGGAGGCAUGAUGCCCUUGAAAGAUGAGGGUGUAAGCUUUGAUAGCCACCGUGAGUUCUUGCCUCACCAUGGGGGUCUGGGCCUGGGCCAAGGGCUUGAGUACAGCCUGGCUGGCCUGAAAGAGAAAACAACUGAGUGUCCUGACUGCGGCAGAGUUUUUAGAACCUACCACCAGAUGGUGGUCCACUCCCGGGUACACAGCAAGGACCGUCGAACCCUAGAGGACAGCUCCCAGCAUGGUCUGGAUGAAAGGCGUGGCUCAGCUAGCGACCCUGAAUCUCAGUCCAUCAGCCGAUCCACCACCCCAGGCUCCUCCAAUGUGACGGAGGAAAGCGGUGCUGGAGGUGGACACUCCCAAACGGGCAGUGUGCAGGAUGACAGUCCCCACCCUUCUUCUCCAUCUUCAGAUGUGGGGGAAGAGAUGGCGAAACCUGUGAGUGCUGUCCAGCCCCCCUCUACUCAACACCGGGAACGGAGUGUGGGUUCAAGCAUGAAGGACUGCCCCUACUGUGGCAAAUCUUUCCGCACCUCCCACCAUCUGAAGGUCCAUCUAAGAAUACAUACAGGUGAAAAGCCCUACAGGUGCCCUCAUUGUGACUAUGCAGGCACUCAAUCAGCUUCUCUGAAGUACCACCUGGAGCGCCAUCACCGUGAGCGACAGAAUGGAAGUGGCCCCUCAGCCAACCACCCACCAUCUUCUGAACACAAGGAUGACCAUGCCAAGAACAGCAGUAGCAGUGGGGUCUUUGCUCGCCCCGAUGUCCUUCGCGGGGUCUUCAAAGGGGUGAUGCCCUCUGGUCUUGACUUCAGAGGUGGUCAAAUGCUCCCACACCAGUGGGUACCACCAGGAAUGCUCUCACCCAGAGACAGAGACCGUGAAAGGGAACGCGAUCGCCACGGGCCGGGGUCAGAGCCCACCUCUGAGAGCAUGAAGAGUCCUGAGGGGCCAGCCUCUGCAGGGGACAGUCCUGCCAGCUUCUCCGACCUGGGCCGAGCUUACCAGAGUAUGGUGGGAAACGGCGUCAACUUCCAGGGCUCCCUGCAGGCUUUCAUGGACAGCUUUGUCCUCAACUCCAUGAAGAAAGAAAAAGAGAUGAGAGAGAGUCAGCUGCAUGGCCAGCACUUCAGCCAGGAGAGUGCCGAGGCCAAGACCAAAAGAGCCAGUGAGGCCAACCAGGAAGAGAAUCCCACCAGUGACGUCAAGCCAGCUGAGGGUGGCCGCUCACAGUAUGAGCCUCUGGAUUUGUCCGUUAGACCUGAAGCAGGGUCCCUCCCUGGAGCCUCCAUCACCAUCCAGGACAAUGUCGCCUGGCAUGGCUGCCUCUUCUGCUCCUUCACAACUGCCUCUGUGGAGCUGAUGGCCCUCCACCUGCAAGCCAACCACCUGGGUAAAGGCAAGUUUGGCCAGGGGAAAGAUGCUAAGGACCACCUCCUGGGAGAGCCUUCCCAUGCAGGAAAAGCUACUGGCUUGGCUCCACCACCACCAGGCCUUCUUCAUCACCAUGAGGGAGCCCCAUCCAGGGACAGAGAGACUGAGUCUGGGGAGCUGAAGGGACAAGCAGGCUGGUCCAACCAUCUGGAGCAGCCCCCGCAUGGAGCCUCCAUGGGCACAUUCUCCAGUGACUUCUACAAGCCCUUUGGUCCUGUGUAUGAUGGCUCUGCUAGAGGGCCUGUUGGAUUCCUGGACCAGCAGCAAAUUCAGCCCAGUGAUAUGGGUGGUCAGGGCCCCCUGGACGACCUAUCCGACAAGGCGUCCUGCAGCGAAAUAGAGGCAUCUGAAGAACAUGGCAGCCAAUCUGAAGAAGAUGAAAUAAGUCGUGACAAAUCAUUGCCUAACCCCGCUGCUACAGAGAGGCAUAUGCGUUCUGAUGAUGAAGAGGAGGCAGAGGAAGAAGAAGAGAUGGAGAUGGGUGACGCUGAGGAGGAGGACCGUGGAUCCAUGCAAAUGCUUCCUGAAUCUCCAUUGUCAGGGAAGGACAUCCAAAGAUGCAAGCUGACUAUGGGCCCCCAAAGCUCUGGCCUUUCUCCUCCUCAGCCUCCCACCCCUGAGAAGCAGUGGCAGCAGACAGGCCUUGGUCUUCUCUCCCCAAGCGGUGGUCCUCCUGGCCUGGUAAAGCCCGAUCAGGCCCACCUGGAGCAUCAGAUGAACAUGCUAUCUGUCCUGCGGGCCUACAGUUCAGAGAACCUCGCAGCCUUCAACGGAGGCCUUGGUGGCAGCUCCAAUGGAGGAGGCAGUGGCACCAGCAGCAUGAAAAGAAAUGACCCCUCUGGUCAUGGAGGUCAGAGGCCAUUCCAGUGCCGCUACUGCCCCUACAGCGCCUCUCAGAAAGGUAACCUGAAGACCCACGUCCUGUGUGUUCACCGCAUGCCCUUUGACAACAGCCAGUACCCCGACCGCCGCUUCAAACGCUCCCGCAUAGACUCUGAUGUCUCCGGGAACUCCGAGGAUGGGAAUCUUUCCUCCUCCGGCCAGGUGAACACAGGAGAAGGUAUUUCUGGUGAUACUCCUCGCACUCUUGAGUGACGCGGCGUAAACUCAAUCCAGGGAUUUCUAAGGACCUUCAUGGGUUUGAAGUGAUGAAUGAAACCACCUCAUACAAGCAUUCCCAUUGGAUCAUUGUAAAAGAAACAUGAAGAAAUUCUAAAUUCUCCCAAAAAACUGGUAUUUCUGAAGUUGGGGAUCAUUAACUCCCAAACUGAAACAUUUCGGUCUCAGUAAUAUUCUGUGAAGUGCAGGAUAGAGAUGAUGAAGUAGAGAAACCUGAACCCUUUUUCUGAUGAGUCUGAAACUAAAUACACGGCUCUUAUUGGAGUUGCCUGAAUUGAGCGUUGAAGAGACAUUACUGAAGAGGGAAAAAAAUGACUACGUUAAAAAAAAGACUGUCAUUAAAUUCCUCAGAGUGACUUUUGUCCCAAAAAUAAUGCUUUUAUCAGAAAAACGAUCCGCGCCAACGAUUUCGCGACAGUUGGAAGAGAAAGAAAGAUGGAGGGGAGAUGUUGAGCGCACCCUUCAAGAACAUGACACCACCAGUGGCCAUUUGCCCAGCGCCACUGACGCACAGGGAUGGAGUGAGCGGACGGAGGGAUGUGGAUGGUGAAAUGGGGGGGUUGGGGUGUUUGGUGCCAGCCUGACUGGAGCUGUCAUCACAGAGGAAAUCAAUUCAACCCCCUCCCACGCUACUUCCAUUCACUCCCCCCACCCCUUCCCCAUUUCGCCUCUCCUCACUCUUUCAGAACACGUCAAGAGAAACCUUAGUCGCCUGUACAGCCGGGCUACAGAAGGGUCAGACUCAGACCUGUCUGACGACUAGUAGCACUUCCUAUCAGCCUCUUUCAUUCCCCUCCUCCCUCCCUUCUUGUCUUUCUCCUAUGAAAAAAACAAAACAAAAAAACAAGACAGCCAAUAACAUUGUAUAAUAAUCAGUGGAUAGUAUUUUUUCCUUCUUUUUCAUUGUUGUGCAGUUUUAGGAUGUAAUUUGUAUAUCACUUAAAGUGACACAACAGAAUGGCAGAGACACAUUAAAUGUGAUUUCCAUUCAGCGCUUCUUAACGAAAAAGUCUUUUUGUUGUUCCUGAAGAAGGUGCUGCUUCCCUUCUAACUGGUGGACUUUGGGAAAAUACUGACCGUUUGUAACCAAGAGGCUGAAUAUGUUAUAUGUUAAAUAUAACUUGGAAAUAAUAUGAAGGAACUGUAGCUCUUUUGUGGGGUUUAUUGACCCACAGUGGGACUACCUUCUUUAUGGAGCUCCUGAAAAAUUAGCACUAUGAAGGCACUGUAGAUAUGAAGUAUAUAGAUAAUCACUUCUCUGCUACCUGUCUGUAAUCUAAACUUCAGGAUGGCAUUUAUGGGUUUGUUUGUUUUUUGUAUGUUCGUUUUCCCCUAAAUUUUUGUACAAAUUUAAUUUUUUAUGUUUGAAUAUGCAUCAUCAUGGCCCCUUUUUAUGUGUGUUUGUUGUCCUGAAUGUUCCUCUACUAAAAGAGAUUAACAACACAGGCAGUUUGGAUCCUAUGAAAUCAAGCCUCUUAAAGAAGAAAAUAAAGUGUAUCAACUUUCAUUGUACUUCCUUUUAUUGAAGGCUAGCAGGGGUUAGAAGGUAAAUAAGUAUGGUAGGGGGUUAGAGAUGCAUGGAUGUAGGGGGGAGGGGGGAGGGGGGAUAAUAAUGUUUUGUGAUAAACAGAAAUGAUCCAGACUUUAAGAAAGUCAAUAUCUUCCCGCUCAGCACAGGGAAGCUCAGCACUUAAACCCCAGGGCCUUACGGCUGCUCUAUUCACGCCAAGAGGAGUUUAGAGGACUCACAAAUAUCCGCCACACUCCUCACUAAGCAGUAAAUAAAAACAUAAACCCUUAUCACAGCCCUAAGACCACAACAUCUUGACAAAAAAGGAAAGAUAGAAAGAGGUUGAAAAAAGAUGAUAGAAGCGGUCUAGAAGUGGUGCACAGAGAUUUUACAAGUUCAAACAAACUGUAAGGUUCCAAGCAAGGGUUCUUUAAUUCACCAUAACUCAAGAAGAUACUUAAGUCUUUUAUUUUUGGUCUGUUUUUUGUUGCUGUUGUUUUCUUCUUUUUAUUUUUAUUAGAAUAGUUCUCACUGCCUUAAAUCAAGUUGAUGAAUUUAAUAAAAAUAUUUGUAUAAGCUCUACUGGGGGGCAACGUUUGAAAUUAAAGACAUACUUUGUGACUGCAUUGAGCUUUAGAGGUUUCAACGCACUACUGUGUUUUCUGGUGAUUGUCAGCCGCUUGCUUUUCUUGUAUGUAUGUAAGUGUGCACACUCCAAGUAUAUUAGAGUAAAUAAACUAAACUAAAAAAAAAAAAAAAAAAACAUUCCAUUUAUAGCACUUUUUCUUUGCUUUUUCAGUAAUCUGUCCUAUUGGAUCAUGUUUGGAGCUCUGAGACAGGCAAUAACUAUUUUAGUGACACUGGAAGUUUUUUUUUUUUAAUUCCUUGCCAUUUUUUUGUAUAGUGAUUGUCAGUCCCUUAUGUUGAGGUGCUAAUGUGUUCACAUUACAUCCCCUACCGGAAAUAAAUAAAUGCAAAUAAAAAAAGAAUCGACUCUAUUCCUCAAGUACCUGUAACCGUGUAAUUUUACUGGUACAGUCACUUGUAUAUUUUAGAGCUCUACAAUAUUGUGCUUCUUGGGGAAAAAAAAAAAAUCAUAUCAGUUUUCUUUCUCUCUGUAAUACUCUAUAGUAUGUGAUCAUGAACAUUAUACUGUCCAACAUUCCUAAAUGAAGAAUAUUUCUAUAUCAGAGGAGGCUAGAGGAUUAUAUUGCUACUUAUAUGCUUUUAACAAGUAGAUGACUUGUUAUUGUAUUUAAGGACUAUUCCUAGUCAUUAUUUAUUGUCAUGCAUCUGUCUGACAAAAGAAGAGAAAAUAAGUAUUCUGAUGAACUAUCAAGAAGUUGUUUUUAUUUCAGCAAUGGCUGUUUUCUUUCUGCUGUUUAGAAGUUCUAAUGUCUUUGAAGCAGUACAGUUUUAUCCAG